GGAGCAAAUCUACGGAUCUGAGCAACCCGAGGUCCCUGAUAGUCUGGGAAAGAAUUUGCCUAGCUCCCUGAGUAGCUGGAUUUGCGGUACUUACGCUCCAGCAUUCACCGCGCUUGAGAUCAUGAAGUCGGUCCCUACCAAAGGCUGGACUACCACUUUCACCGACGAGGAGAAGGCCAGAAUCAAGUAUUUUUGGACGGGCCAGGGUUCGAAGUGUCUGGCCGGGUCUAAAGAAUAUAAGCAGCUUAACCGGAUGUGCGUCCGGGAGGCCAUGCUUAAGCUAACCAAACUCAAUGAUUAUUUGGAUAAAGGUCCUAAAUGGGCUACCGCUUAUUACAACGACCUGUGGGAUAACAGACAAGACGACAUCCUUUUUGAGAUUGGUGACAACGGCUCUAGAGAAUCUCUGGACAAAUACUGCGUCAUUCUUGACGUAUUGGAUCCGGAUACCAAUUACUCCCGAAUGCUGUACGAUGCGAUCUGUGCGAAGGCAGAUGCAGCUUUCAGCUCGGCUCCGAGCGACAUUAGUGUCGAUGACGUCCCUUGGAUACCAAAGGCCCUGACAUGGUUAAGAGAAGGCCUUGCUCAAGAGAAAGGAGACAUAGAUCCGGAGCUACGCACAGCCCUUCUGAAGGACUUGCAAGAAUUUCUCAGGGAGCAAGGUGUGGAAUCUGCACGGCUGUCUGAGAGACUUUCGGGGUCGGCGAACUCGGAGCUCCUGAACACACUGUUGAAAGCUCCACACUUUUGUGAGGCAUUCAAGGGUUUUGGCCGUGGGAUUUGGUAUCGAAGCACCACUGUAGCAAUAGGAGAGCCCCAUUUACAUUCGAUGAAGCUAUCACAUGCAGGUGGGAAAAUUGGCACACUGCUCAAGUGCCUUUUCGUCUUCGGGAUCGGGGUUUUCGCUUACUAUGGCCCAAAAUUAAGCCCGGGAGAGAUCGGACAGUUAGGAACCAACAUCGGGUCCAGUGUGCUGAAUAUUCUCUCUCCGCAUAUUGUCAAGCAGGCCCCACGCAGCGCAUUGGCCGCAGAGAUAGAGCUCGCGGUGAUAGGCGAAAAGAUUGAAAAGGCACCCCGGAACUGGGGGAAAGCGGGUCUCGAAGCCAAGAGAGAUGAAAUCUACAGCGAGAUCGUGAGUGAGCUGAUGCAUAGCGAAGAAAACGCGACUGUUUCUUUCUUUGCCCGCAUCCGCGCUAGAAUCGGAAUUCCCGCCGCUGUCCUGCGCAUAUUAGGGAUUGCUUUGGGGGUGGCGUUCGUUGGCUUUUUGGUCUGGGACCUUGUGGCCCACGGAAACAAAAUGUCCACCGCCCAGCAAGCACUCGCUGUGCUUCAGAUCGUUCUGGAGUUGGCCGUGAUCAUUUGUGAGGUCGCCUCCAUGCUGACUGCUGUGGCAUGGAUCCCAGUUGUUGGUCAGAUCCUGGUGAUUGCAACCCUGAUAGUGAGCAUCCUCAUUAUGAUAUUCGGGGAUACCGAACACCAAGCAACCCCCGGGGAAAAGUUUGUCGAGAGUAUGCGGGACUCGUCAAGCUGGUUGGUAACGAUGGACGAUCCCCCGACACCCCUUCUCACUUACAGUAUCAACCAAAGCAAGGGACGCCAGAACUCAGAAGCUACCAUCGAGAUCACUGCGUCGAAUGCAAUCAACAACGAUCUGACGCUCCUCGAUCCAGACGCCCAAUUCAAUCACGCAGGAGCUCCCGCGACGGAUACUCUGAUAAAUAUCAGCCUGGAAUUUACCGAGGGCACUGAUAAAUCUUGUCUUUUCGCUCAUAGUGGCCCCUCGCGUGCUGACGCGCUGGAGUGGGACGUCAAUGUUCCAAUACCCAACGCCUUCGAGUUCGGCAUGUCCGAGCCCAAUGGGAAGUCUGAUUCUAGAGUGAUAUGCCAUCGGGUCUGGACAUCGUCUAGGCGAACCGAGGCUCAGGUGGGCGCAAAACUCAAAGCCAGAGAGCAGAUCCGGUUCAAGGUUAGUGGCCAAUUGAACAAGGCGGGCACAUCAACUCUUACAGUCACGGAAAAGCGUCCGGGGGCAAUGGAUUGUGUUCAAGAGUUUACGUAUGAGAAGGAGUAAUUGUGAGCGAUAAACACUAGCUUACUGGCCCAUUUACUUUUGGCGGGGAAGAGGGGGGGAGGGCGCUUUUUCUUUCCCAUUCACUGUGUAUCUCCGUCUUAAGC